AAUGGACCAGGAAAAGGGUUUUCCUUUGAUGUGAUGGUUUUUGUUGUUUGGAUAGCAAAGAAAAGGUUGGAUUCCACUAAGCAAUCAUUACACCUUUCCAUAAUUUGGAUUCUAGACACAAGAAAAUAAGCGAGUAUUGUGAGGAAUGUGAGAUUUUCACUUGUUUUUUAUUUAUUUAUUAUUAUUAUUUUAUUUUUUUUUACAGUGAGAUUUUCACUUGUUAUCCAAACUGGAAGUCAAAAUUGGAAUCCAUGGGUAAUUAUCAUUUUUUUCUUUUCAUUUGCCUUGGAUUCCAUGCAUCCAAACAUGCCCUAAGAGGAAAAGUGUAAAUGGUUCUUUUGCUCAAGUGUGCUAUUGUGAAGUAUGAGCUGCAUGACAUUUCUUGUGAGAAAUCAGAAGGCCCUGUAGGGUGAAUGGCCCUUGAUAGAGGGGAAUGAUGGAAUAGGAUUCAUGUAGGCUUAGAUGAUGAUGAUGAAGAAUCAUAAGCUCCUUUGCUGAGGCAUAGAAUUUUGUACAUGUGGGCCCUUAGUUUGGCAAGCUAAACUUUUGAUCUGAUGGCCCACUAUGGAUAAGUGUGCCCUAAAAUCUCUGGUCGGAAUAUCCUCACCCUUUGGCUUUUAGCCAUUUUCUCAUUGAAUGUGGGUCAUUACUGUCUGUUCGGAGGCCACUGAUUGAUGUGUUAGGGUCCUCAGUAUGGAGGAUUUUUGGGGCAUUCCCCAUCCAACUGUGGGACUAUCAGAUGAACAAUCUGAAUCACUGGACCAUAGAUGCCUCACAUAUGGAGUCCUGUGCUGCCACAAACUAUAUAUCUGCUGAUUAUCUCCAAAUGAACGUGUAUUCCUCCAUUCUAUCACUAUAUGGAAAAUCUAUCCUUUUGACUUACUCUGAAGUCUGUGUUAUCCUUGUUCCAGGCAUUGGAUUCCUUCAACACGGCAAUCGUUUCACCAAUUUACUAUGUAAUGUUUACAACUCUAACAAUAAUUGCAAGGGCGAUUAUGUUCAAGGAUUGCUCUGGUCAAGAUGUAAGCAGUAUAACUUCAGAGCUAUGUGGGUUCAUUACGGUCCUUUCUCGAACGAUCAUAUUGCAUUCUGUGAGAGAACAGGAGCCAGCUCCCGCUGCAGCAUCUAUAUCAUGGUACAUUUCUAGAAGCAACGGCGACUUGAUGAAGUAUGUCGACGAUGAUUAUUUCUUAACAUGACACAACUCAAACUCUUUUCACUAGUGUUUUUUUGCUCCGCGUCCAUUUUAAGACAAUUCCGUUGGAGAAGAGCAUUUAACCAGGCAAGCUAGAUACGACACGGGACGAGUUUGAUGCCUUCUGCCCACUUCCAUUGUCUAAUGGGAUCGAAGUGUUUGUUUAGUAACAGUUUCAUGGUAUAUACUUCCAAGGCGUUCCUUGUGAGAGGUUGGCCAAGGAUGGGAGAUAAGAUAUCUGUGCAGAAAUCAUCUAAUCUUGGGUGGGGUUUUUCUGGGACCUGGGGAGGUUUUUUUUUCUCCCGUGAUUUUGUAACUUGUUGCUUGUUCUUGUUCAUGUAGAGGAACAUUCACCUACAGCCCAUUUCUGCCUCAACUUGGCAUGUCUACCAUUCUUGGCAAAAUCUUCUCUCUCAGUGAAUGGUAUAAAUCAUCUUGCAAUUGGUUGUAGGUGAGUAUUCCUCAUGUAUCCUUGUAUAUGAAACUUCUAUUUUGUGGCAUCUGAGACUUUUGUUAUUGCCUGUUGUUUAUACAACUUUCUUGGUUGUAACCGGGAUGCGAUGUGCUGAAUAGAAUUGUAGCUGUCUGUGGGUCACUUGAUUCCAUGUAGGUGGGCCUCACAUGGGCUCCUUGUAUACUUACAUGAGAGAUCCCAAAAGACUGUUUAUGGUCUA